GCAAAAUCAUGUCAUCAACGAGGAAGAUCACCUUGAAAAGUUCCGACGGCGAGACCUUUGAAAUCGACGAGGUUGUGGCAAUGGAGUCACAAACAAUCAAGCAUGUGAUCGAGGCUGGUUGUGUCGAUGACGCUGGAAUCCCUCUUUUGCAAGUAACCAGAAACAUCUUGGCGAAAGUUAUUGAGUAUUGCAAGAAGCAUGUUGAGGCUACAAGUUCCGAAGAAAAACCUUCUGAGGAUGCUCUUAAUGCUUGGGAUACUGAAUUUCUCAAGGUUGAUCCAUAUACACUCAUGAAACUCACCUUGGCUGCAAACUAUUUGAACAUCAAGAACUUGUAUGAUCUUACAUGUAAGACCAUAGCAGAUAUGAUGAAGAAUAAGCCACCAGAGGAGAUUCGCGAGACUUUCAACAUUGUGAAUGAUUAUACUCCGGAGGAAGAAGCGGAAGUUCGUCAGGAGCAUUAUCAGGCUUUUCAAUGGUUAUAAAAUGAAUCUGUCAAUUUAGUCUCUAAUGCU